UGCGUGUUUAUGAUAUCCAUAAGAAACACUAGCAUAGCAUGAAAAUGAAUCUUGGACAGCCUCCUCGUAUUCCUACACAAUUCGCAAGAACAGCUUUAGGGUUACAAACUAUGGAGGAGCCCCAUUCACGACCUCUCUCCCUUUGCCGCGUCAACACAAAAUCCAUCCUCAUCAGCCGUGCACAUAUGCUCGUCCAUGCCAUAGCUCUGAUCGUCCUCGUCCGCUACAGAGCUUCUUUGUUCUUCACUGAGAUGAAUCCCGCAGACAGACCCCCGGCCUUGGCUUGGCUCCUCAUAUCCCUAGCCGAGCUCAUGCUGUCUUUCUCAUGGCUCCUCAACCAAGCCUACCGGUGGCGACCCGUCACACGGGCCGCCUUCCCCGAGAGGUUGCCCGAAGACGGCGAGCUUCCGCCGAUCGACGUGUUCGUGUGCACUGCGGACCCCGACAGGGAGCCGACCGUGGAGGUGAUGAGCACGGUGAUAUCGGCGAUGGCGCUCGACUAUCCACCAGAGAAGGUCCACGUGUAUCUGUCGGACGAUGGGGGUUCACCGCUCACCUUGCACGGGAUGAGGGAGGCGUACGAUUUCGCGAGGUGGUGGUUGCCGUUCUGCAAGAAGUUCGAGAUAAAGACGAGGUGUCCAAAAGCUUAUUUCAUGGAUGAUGAAGAAGAAGAGGAUGGCGAUGGAGUUGACGUGAGAUCUAGUGAUGAGUAUGACUCGGAGAAGCGGAAAGUCAAGGAGAAGUAUGAGUUAUUUAAGGCACGAGUAAAUGGAUACAAAGCUAGGUGCCGCGGAGACUCAAGUCUUCGUAGUCGGGAUCAUCCAUCUACAGUUGAGUUGAUCCGAGGAAGUUCCGCCGAUGAAGUUGUGCAAGCAGACCAACAAGACAUGCCUCUGCUUGUAUAUGUCGCCAGGGAAAAGAGACCUUCCCACCAUCAUCACUUCAAAGCUGGAGCUCUGAAUGCUCUUCUUCGAGUCUCCGGAGUGACAAGCAAUUCGCCUUAUGUUCUGGUAUUGGACUGCGACAUGUACUGCAAUGAUCCUUCUUCGGCGAGACAGGCAAUGUGCUUCCACUUGGAUCCGAAACUAUCUCCGUCGCUAUCGUUUGUCCAAUUUCCUCAGAGAUUCCAUAACAUCAGCGAGAACGACAUCUACGAUAGCAAAAUGCGGUCGUACUUUUGGACAUCAUUGUGCGGAAUGGAUGGACUGAAGGGCCCCGGAUUAUCUGGUACCGGUUUUUACAUCAAGAGAGAGUCAUUGAAUGGUAAAUCCAUCACUAAUUCGAUAGGGACUGAUGCCAUGGACUUAAGAAAGCUCUUCGGCGAUUCGAAAGAAUUCAUUAAGUAUCUCCAACAGAACGACCAGCCAAGCAAGAGCAUUAUUCACGGCAACUCUGCAGCAUUCAGGAAAGAAGUCGAGUUCUUAGCUUCUUGUGAAUACGAAAGUGGCACCAAAUGGGGUCAAGAGGUGGGCUUCCUGUAUCAAUCGGUGGCAGAAGACUACUUCACAGGCUUUACGUUGCACUGCAAAGGAUGGACAUCGGUGUAUUAUAGCCCAUCUAGGCCACAGUUUGUGGGGACAUCAACAACAAAUUUGAACGACCUCCUGAUUCAAGGUACAAGAUGGAGUUCAGGGCUCGCCGAAGUCGGCUUCUCUGGAUUCUGUCCUCUGAUUUACGGCUCGCUGAGGAUGCCGAUAUUGCAAAGCAUGUGCUACGCCGAACUUGCAUUUUUCCCACUCUAUUGCUUGCCCCUUUGCAUCUUUGCCACUGUUCCUCAGAUCUGUCUAUUGAAUGGCGUCGCCAUAUAUCCAAAGGUUUCAAGUACAUAUUCCAUGGUAUUUUCCUUGGUGUUUGUUUCAUCGCUCUGGAAGCACCUGUAUGAAGUUGUCACGAGCGGUCACUCGGUUCAAACAUUCGUAAACGAGCAACGGAUGUGGAUGAUCAGGUCGGUGACUAGUCACGUGUACGGAACAAUGGAUGCGAUCCUGAAGCAACUUGGCAUGAGAAAAGCCAGCUUCUUGCCGACGAACAAGGCUGCCGACGACCAGCAAUCGAAGAGAUACGAGAUGGGCUUGUUCGAUUUCCAGACAUCCGUAAUGUUCUUGGCUCCGAUGGCAACUGCAGUGACAUUGAACGUGGCUUCCUUUGUUGGAGGAAUCACUAGGGCGCUUGUUCUGGGAGGUUGGGACAAAUUGCUGAUGCAGAUGGUUCUGGUUCUUUUUGUCACAGUGAUGAGUUACCCCGUGAUCGAAGGGAUGGUACUAAGGACGGACAAAGGACGCGUUCCACGAUCAGCUACUUUAGUGUCGACCGUAAUUUCCUCGGCAUUGUUGUAUCUAAGUUCAUGCUUUCUUGGGUACUAAGUGAUGAUAAUAGAUGACCCUUGUCCGAAGGAAAGACCGUAGGUAAGUUUUGUUUCGAAAACCUAAGCUGGAGAAUUGUAUGGUUCAUCUCAAGCCUUUGCAAUCAA